AUGUUUUUUCUCUUGUUUGGAACUUUGUUGUUCCUCCAUUUCUCUGCAGUGGGAGCAAUCAAAAGAGCUGAGGGCUACUGGACACUCAAACCAAAUGUGCUUGUGGUGGGUGUGGAUGUGGCUAAAGAUGUCAAUAUAGUACAAGUUCCACUUAUCUGUAGAGAAGACUAUGAAGAGAAAAAAGUUACAUGGACCAAAAACCUAGAGGAGGGCCUGGAGGCCCAAGGAAACAGGAUUAUGGUAACAGUAGAGGGGUGGAAGGGGGGCAACUACUCCUGUUUCAACAAUGAGGGCUCCUACCUGAACCACACACUGGUGCUGGCUCAGUGGACCUUCAGAAAGAUUAUCAAGAACACACCUGGAAAAGGUUACAUCCAUUGUUCAACAAAUAGCUAUGGAGGCUCCUUCCAAUGUUCCUGGACAUGGGGUACAAACAGGGAGGGACACGUUGCUCAUAUCAAAGCCACACGCGCUCACGGUAAAAGCAACAUCAGCUGCAGUCUGGAUUCCAGUGGACAGAGUAUCACAUGCUUAGACCAAGACUACUGUCCUUAUGCAGAAGAGGUGGAACGCAUCAACCUAACCAUCUACUUCAGAAGCAGCUUUGUUGUAGAAACCUACUCCACAAAGUUCCUCAUCAUGGAUAUUGUGAGGCCUGAUAUGGUGGCGAUUAACGUGAUCAAUCAAACAGCUGUAGAAUUAGGGUACCCACAAUCCUGGAGCACGCCAGCCUCCUACUUCCCUCUCACCUUCCGAGUGAAAGAGAUUCGCUGUCGGAAACGCAAAAAAUGCGACUGCUCCAAACCAAACUCACUAGAGCUAACUGUAAAAAGUCACCAACUACCAGUGACAAAAGGAAGGACCGUAUGUGUGAGAGCACGGGAUGAGUUCUUCAGUUCCUCAUGGAGUGAGUGGAGCCAGUAUAAAUGUAAUACAAGGAAAAACAGGAGACAGAGAAACCGAGAACAACAGCUAAUUAAGAUGUUUUAA